AUGGCAUCAAUUUCAUCGACUUCUUGCAUAUCUCAGCGAGAAAUCCCAAGUAAAAUGUGGUUCACGAAAGAAGAACUCGAUCAGCCCUAUGAUGUUACUUUAGUGGUCAGAGAUGGCGAGUUAAGAGCUUAUGGAAAAGUUCUUUCAGGGGCGAGUCCAUUCUUUGAGAAGCUGCUGAACAGCAACAUGAAGGAGUCCAAAGAAGGGGUGGUUCGCUUGGAGAUCUUCACCGACUCUGUUAUGAGAAACACAUUGGAGUUUAUUUACACCGGUAAUGUACAGAUACUGGAUGAAGAUGAUGCCAGAGACUUGGUUGUGAUAGCAGAUUACUUGUUGCUCAAAAACCUGAAGACCCCGGCAACGCAAACCUUAUUGAAAGAAUUGAAUACUUCAAAUUGUACUUCAAUUUUCCAUUUGGCUGAUGAAUAUCACUGCGAGGAACUUUUAUGCAAGACCAAAAUAUUUAUCCUUGCAAAUUUCAGAGCAUUAUUCUCUGCGAAGCGUGAAGAUGUUUUGCAAAUGUCCAAAGAGGAACUUGCAAUUUUUAUUUCAAGCGAUGAGCUACAUGUUAACGCCGAGGAAGAUGUGUUCAGUAUCAUUCUAGCCUGGAUUAAUCACGACAAAAACAAUCGAAGAAGUCAUUUUCCCGAGCUAUUUCAUCAAGUUCGAUUAGUUUACGUAUCACGUGACUUUCUUUGUAGUGAUGUCGUGACAAAUGAGUUGGUUAAAAACAAUGAAGACUGUCUGGAACUCGCGAAAGGAGCCAUCGACUUAAUCGACUCAGUGAUGAGUUUGACAAUUGAUACUCUUGAUCGCAAACCGAGAAAGUGUCUAGAUUCCUCUGCAAUUGUCGCCUACAAAACGGAAGGAAAAUACCUUUUUUAUUUUCCACGCGAGGACCGUUGGUAUAAAAAAGAGCCAAUAUAUUUGCAAAGUGACGAUGGUAUUUUCUUUUGUCGCAAUAAAAUGUACGGUACAAGGCGAGAACCAUCAAAUGCAAGUUAUUCUCGGAAACUUCGCAUCUUUUGUUAUAAUCCACACUCUUGCAGAUGGAAGUUUUUAUCACCAUUAAAUGACGGCCUAGUUUUAGAGAAACUCUUCGUUUACAAUGACGAAAUGUAUGCUUUGUUCUUACGUCAUAAGGGGCCGCCUGUCACCGACAUCCUCUGGCCGGCUAGAUGCAGCAUAGUCAUCUUUAAGUACAAAGUAGAUUCCAAUUCAUGGGAGGAUGUAUUAUUCACUGAGGGUCUGGCUUGUAGAAGAUAUUAUUGCGUUGUGCCCAGCGAAAACUUCGUUUACUUCAUUGGUGGUACAGAAACAUGGGGAGGAGGGCCCCAACGCGAUGUUUAUAGGUACGAUCUUUGCAAAAAAAAAUGGGAUCAACCAGCAGACAUUCAGGCGGCGAGACAGAAACAGCUUUGGGGAGCAGCGGCGAACGGAAAAAUAUAUAUUGCUGGAUGGACUAAAAAUGAAAUGAAACCAGGCCAAGAUGAACUCCUGUGUGAAGUGCACAAUGAAACAACAAAUGAAUGGCAUUUUAUUAGAAGCUUUAGCGUGGGGCUAAAGGCAUUUUUAGGUUUGAUUGCCGUAGAUGGCGAGGUAUAUGUUUUGGGCUAUUAUCGACCAAGCGUGACGGGACUGUUAAGAGUUCAAUGUUACGACCCAGAAAGCGAUGAAUGGAAGCUGAAAAUUGAAAUUUCAAUUCCAUGGGAUGAAAGAGCUCAGCGACAGUUUAAAAUUUGCGACACAAUGAAAGUGUUUCAGAGGUCUCUAAGUUCCUCACCAUUUACACCGUUUUCAACGCAGGAUACAUCACAGACCAGACAAACUCAUCACAGAAAAGACAAACGAAAGUGCUCAAUCGUGUGA